AUGAUACCGAUACUUCUUCUCAUUCUUGCUUCUGCACAAGAAGAGCAGUGCACGUUACUCACAGAUGGUAUCGUUGUCUCAAAGUACCACUUAAACAACUGUGCUGCCUGUGUAAAGUUCAAUCCAGUCUAUGAGGAAAUCAAGAGCCGAGCUUCCAAGGAACAAUUGAAUAUCAAGUUCAGAGAAGUCGAGUGUGGCGCAUGCGACUGUGGGGAUGUCUCUCGGUUUCCUACCCUUGAGAUUACCCAGGAUAAGCAGUCAAAAGGCACCUCAGUUGGAUAUAAAGACUAUCAAUCGUUUGCAAAAUGGAUCACAGAUACCCUGCUGCUUGAUCAUAAUGUCUUUGUUGACCAUAUUGAUCAUGAAGAAGGCAAAGUAAAAACCCUGACAGCCUCAGACUUUCUUAGCGGAUUUGACGGUCAGUGGUUGAUACUGUUCUACGACAGCCAUAAGGAUACAAGAAGACACCUCUUCAAAGAACUUUCAAGUGCCUACAAAAAUAAAAUAACAGUGGCGGAGGUGGAGUCACGAGAGGCUGAAACAGUUAUGGCAAGGUACAAUAUUGGUGGUUUUCCAUUCAUAUUGGCAAUCAACAACGGAACUCCAGUUCCAUACACUGGUAAGGCUGACUUUGCCAACCUUAGUGCUUUCGCAGAGAAACUGUACACACCUGCCUUCCAGGAGAUCAAAUAUUCAGAAUUGAAGGAUAUUACUAAGAGCUUUAAUAAUGGCGAGCCAGUAUUUAUAGUACUUUACAAAAACUUUGAAGUUGCUUCGUAUUACUUCAAUGAACUUGCGCAACAGUUCAAAUUUAAGGCUACAAUUUACAGAUCAAGCGAUCCGGCCAUGUUUACAGCCGCAGGCUACCAUCCAAAAGAUGCAAAUGAAUUUGAUAAGGAUCCUGACCAUAGCCAGAUGGCAUACUUGACGGUGUACAAGAAUUCUACCUUCUUUAAUUCCAAUGUUAAACCAAAUGACACGAACGAAAUCAUCCAGUGGAUCUUUCACACCCACUUUCCUCAUGUUACAAAUAUUAACAACGACAACUUCUACACAGUCUUCCAUGGAAUUAAGCCCGUCAUACUCCUUCUUACGAGUAAUGACCAGCUGGUCGAUAGCUUUAAUAAACUCAGUGCAACCUGGCAUCUGGGUGCUGCUGCUUCGAAUAUCAUAUUUGCUACUCUUGACACGGUUGAAUAUCCCAUGUUCAAACAGGAGGUGCUCAAGUACGUUGCUGAGCCAGGCAUUGCAUUCUUUGAUCCAGUGCUGUCUCAAUGGUACCAUCAGCCUACAAAGCUUGUAUCAGAAACUUUCAACAAGACUGUUAUGAAAAUGAUAGAUUCCUACUUCAAUAAGAACUUGCCAGUAUAUUCGUCUAAGAAGAAUAGAAGUAAUAUUUAUGUCAUUCUUGGCAUUGCCCUGGUAGCAUGUGUGUUUGGGUACAGGCUGCGCACAAUGAGAAACAAGGUUGAUUAA